AUGCAACGACGGCCACGACGACGGUUUCCACCGGAUACCGAAGGGCGAAUAACAAAACGGAAACGAAGACGUUCACCAGCACCGGUCGAACGAGCUGGUGUUCCGGUAAGAGUCGCCAUUUCACCGACGAGCUGUAGCCGCGUGUCUCGCGACGAAGCCCAGCCCGAUGGUGGUAGACAAAAGGCUGCGGAGGAUGACUACAGCAAGAAGGCGGUCGUUAGAAGAAGGCGGGCGACACCAAAACAUUCGACUGCGCCGAGACGUAUUCAUCUAUCACAACUAUAUAAUCUAUCUCAUUCCAUUCAUCCUUCUAUUCAUUCAUCAUCAAACCUGCUCAUCUAUCUAUCUAUUCAUCUAUCUAUCACAACCUGCUCAUCUAUCUAUCUAUCUAUCUAUCUAUCACAACCUGUUCAUCUAUCUAUCUAUAUCUAUCUAUCUAUCAACUCAUUUUAUUCAUCAUCAUCUAUCAACCUGCUCAUCUAUCUAUCUAUCUAUCUAUCUAUCUAUCAUUCAUCUAUCACAACCUGCUUCAUUCUAUCUAUCUAUCUUCAUCUAUCACAACCUGCUCAUCUAUCUAUCCUUCAUCUAUCUAUCAUUUUGCUCAUCUAUCUAUCUAUCUAUCUAUCACAACCUGCUCAUCUAUCACAAAUUGCUCAUCUAUCUAUCUAUCAAUCAAUAACCUGUUCAUUCAUUCAUCUAUCUAUCUAUUGA